UUGGCAGUAGAAGUCUGGGCAAGAAACCAAAUCCCUUUUGGCGUUUCUGUUUCCGGGUUUCCGUUUUUUGUUUGUUUGUUUGUUCCUUUGUUCGUGUAAACCGUCGCCUUUGGCGGGGAAUCGUCCAGAUUGGUCGAGCGAGGCAACAGGAUUGUCGGGGGAGGCAUUGCGAGUGUUUGAUGGGCUGCCGGUUCAGUGUUCUCUCGGCUGGCGGUUUCAGCGCUGCGGCCUCAAGUUCAAGUGGGUGCAAGUGGAAUCGAUGCACUGUUUAUUCUAAUACGAGCUUUCUCUCAGAGGCACGUCUUGCCAAGGCGCUUGUGGUGCGACUGCGUUGACCGUGCCGUGUCAUCCGUUCUCGUCACCUGUGGCGUCUAGUGACCUGCGAGUUCAUCGUACACCCAGUUCGACCGCUCGCUGGACUCGUCAAGUGUCGCUCUGCGUCGACGCUUUCUAGGAAUAUUUGCCAGGCGCGACAAAUGCUGCGGCCUUGUUCGACACUUCUUGCCCGGCAGUCCGUUUUGCGGUGGGACCUGUACAGCCACUCAUCGACCAGCUCACGGAAGGAAUCGUCGGAGGACAUUUGACACUUCCCGAUCCUUAGACCACAGCUAGUCCGAUAUUACUUAUUCUUCUUCAGGUGUAUACAAAGUCCUGGCACGUCUGAAACUUCGCGCGGUAGGAUAUCCCGUGUUUUUUUCAAGAAAUAACCUGCAUACGCCUGUCAGGUGCCUUUCCACAAUACUCGAGGACUAAGUCUGAGCGACUUCUCGUUGCAGAAACAGCGGACUGUUAGUUAGUUCUCAGCUCUGAACAUCAAUAUGUCUCUGGGCUGAACGUGUGCGUGCUGGUGUGUGGGACCGAAUUUAGAGGUCAGUGACCUCAGUGGUGUGCCACUACGCGCUUUCGAGUGAAGCCUGUGCCCGAAGGCGUCAACACAUGAGGACGUGAUGUUCGCCGUGAGCAACUAGCUUCGCCAGUUACGACCCUCGAGGGCACUAUUAAAGAAAGGUCGUUGAAGGACAUCUUCGCGACUGUUUUCGUCUUCAGCGGUUAUCGUCAACGUGUGUCUCCGUGGUGAAUUAGUUACACGAAGGAGGAGUGGAAAAGCCGAGCUCUCGGUCAUCAGUGAUUUCGGACCGCAGCUCCGACAGUGCAUCGCUGUGGACAUCGGGCGAUCGACGCCAGGAUUAACGGCUGUCAUGCCGAUGCUACAGGUCAAGCGCGUGCUCGCCGACAUGCCGUACAGCCAGGUGUCGUGCGUGAACUGGAAGCGCAACUGGCAGGUGACUGUGGCGCCGGACGUGAUUCUGAAGGCGCCAGGCGCGCCCGACGUGGUUCCCAAGGCUCCGGUCAGCAUCCUGGUCAAGCGGGACGACAAGCCGCGCAAGAGCGGCCUGUGCGAGCAGUGCCUCAGCGAGUCGAAGCUCGUGGGAGGGAUCAAGCCUCGCAGCCGCUACCGGAGCCGCUCCCUGUCGGCGUCGUCCACCGACAGCUACAGCUCGGCUUCUUACACAGACACGAGCUCCGACGAUGAAGGCGUGUCACCCCGCGAGAAAGUCCAGAAGAACUCGAAGGGCUUCAGCGACUUCUGCGUCAAGAACAUCUCGCAGGCGGCGUUUGGGCGGCGGGAGAUCGAGAUCGCCGAGCAGGAGAUGCCCGGGAUUAUGGCCCUGCGCAAGCGGGCCGAGCAGGACAAGCCGCUCCAGGGUGCCAAGAUCGUUGGUUGCACGCACAUCAAUGCCCAGACAGCCGUGCUGAUCGAGACCCUGGUUGCGCUCGGGGCGAGCGUGAGGUGGGCUCCAUGCAACAUCUACUCAACCCAGAAUGAAGUUGCAGCUGCUCUUGCUGAAGCAGACAUAUCUGUUUUUGCCUGGAAGGGCGAAUCGGAAGACGACUUCUGGUGGUGCAUAGACAGAUGUGUUCAUUCAGAAAAUUGGCAGCCAAACAUGAUCCUGGAUGACGGUGGUGAUGCGACGCACCUUAUGCUCAAGAAAUAUCCGGCCAUGUUCAAGAUGAUCAAGGGCAUUGUCGAGGAGAGUGUGACAGGCGUGCACCGUCUGUACCAGCUCUCCAAGUCCGGCAGGCUCACUGUGCCGGCCAUGAACGUCAAUGACUCUGUUACUAAGACGAAGUUUGACAACCUCUACAGCUGCAGAGAAUCCAUCCUUGAUGCGCUCAAGCGGUCGACCGACGUCAUGUUUGGCGGCAAGCAGGUCCUGGUGUGUGGUUAUGGCGAAGUCGGCAAAGGCUGCUGCUCUGCUCUGAAGGGCAUGGGAGCCAUCGUGUACGUCACCGAGAUUGACCCCAUCUGUGCCUUGCAAGCCUGCAUGGACGGCUUCCGUGUGGUAAAGAUCAACGAAGUAGUUCGCAACCUUGACAUCCUCAUCACUGCCACUGGAAACAAGAAUGUGGUCCAGAGGGAGCACAUGGACAAGAUGAAGAACAGCUGCAUCGUCUGCAACAUGGGACACUCCAACACUGAGAUCGAUGUGCAAAGCUUGAGGACUCCUGAGCUGACCUGGGAGAAAGUUCGCUCCCAGGUGGAUCACAUCAUCUGGCCAGAUGGAAAGCGCAUUGUGCUACUCGCUGAGGGACGUUUGGUGAACUUGAGCUGCUCCAGUAUCCCCUCCUUUGUGGUGUCCAUUACUGCGGCAACUCAAGCUUUGGCUCUGAUCGAGCUCUACAACGCCCCUCAUGGGCGCUACAAGAGCGAUGUCUACCUGCUGCCCAAGAAGAUGGACGAGUACGUUGCCAGCCUCCACCUCCCGACAUUUGACGCCCAUCUGACUGAGCUGACUGACGACCAGGCCAAAUACAUGGGCCUCAACAAGGCUGGGCCUUUCAAGCCCAACUAUUACAGGUAUUAACUGCUGUGUCGUCGCAUAGUAGAGCAAGGGAACAGCCGAGCAUUCCAGUGGGCACAGCCGGAACAAGGAAGGGAGGAAAGAAGCCUUGGAACGCACCUGACCGCAGAACAGGAAGGGAACACACGCAUGUGUUGAAAAAGCAAAUGCGAAAGGAGCGACAACCGUAAGGGGGUGGGGGGAGGGGAUACCGGAACGGCUCAGCGAAAGGAGAGGGAGGAAGUGUGAAUCAAUACGUUCAUUUCCCUCUUGUACAUAGGCUAGACUCUCUCUCUUUUAGUGCCUGUUACGAGACAGUGAGAUAUACGUGAAUCGAUGACACUUCUCCCUCUUGUACAUAAACGCUUAUAGACUCUUAGUGCCUGUUCAAGAUGGCGAGAUACCGUAACCUUGCAGCUGAUAAUCCUAGUGGUUAUAUACAUACAGUGUUCUAGAAUGAGCACCGCACCAGUUUGGGAUGUGUAGCCUGACUGGUGUGCAGACAGACACUCUCAAGUUUGCGUCCACUCCCGGAAAUGAGGCUGGGCCCCUCCUGCUUUUCAUUUUGGCUCCGGAUUCCUUACACAGGAGGUGCAACAUCUUUAUUUUUCACACUUUGUGUGAGUUUUGCUGCAACAGCUGUGCUUGACACGGGGAUGUGAUCACAGAGCAAGAAACUGGUGGGAUUGAUUGUGGCAGUCUGUCUUGGCCUUUCGUUAAAAGUGGUUUCGGCACCUGGUUUUGUAAGUGCCACAAUUCAUUACUGGCAGCAGUGAAUGGAUCUUUUUCAUUUAAUGCUAAUCUUUGGAUGACAGAGUUAUACUUCACAUAAAUAUUCCAGUUACACAACUAUGUACCAAGAGCAUGUUUCUUUGUUCACUUAUCAAUUACUGCAUACUAAAUCAUUGUGUGUACAAUCUUAGUCAUUUAGCAUUAACUUCUGCUUUAGCAACAAGCAAGUCUGUUACUCAGUGACUUAUCUAAAUUGUUGAAAGCAGCAGCUCUUACAGCCUUUUGUAAGUUGCUGCUACAAUAAAAUUGUGCUGCGAAGUCUUAACCCUACUGCCGGCGUAGUGCUUUUGCAACUUCCUUAAACUUUCAUUCAUUCACUUGCUGGCUCUUGAAGAAUCGCUUUCAGUGGACCUGAGCCUAACAAUUGAUAUUGGUCUGUUAGGAGAAAUAGUUAUGAUUUGUACGGUGCUAGUGCUUAACCAUUUCUGAGCUGCUUGGGCAAAACCUAAAAACAUCACACAUUUAUCGCACGAAACUUGUCAGAAGUAUUAUUUACCUUGGCAGGGAAAAGGUGUUUAAUUUUCAGCAUGCAUCAUCAUCCAUUUGAGCAGUUCUAUCAGCGAGUUUUGUCCCAAGUGGAUAAUAAGAGGAUAAGAAGGAUUUGAGUGGAUGAUAGGCACAGGCUUUUGUGCAGUAGGUUCCAUGCCCCAGCAUCACUCCUCCGCCAAGUUCUCGUGGAGAGGCUUUGGUCAUGAAUGUUGCCAUGACUGAGAUAAUGUGUGAAACAAUAGGAAGCGCACAUCAAUAGAUGCAAUUUGCAUGGUGGAGCCAUAUGUGGCAGCUGUCAAGCUAUAGCUGAAUGUCUGCAACUGCCAGAUACAGAUGUCAGUGGACAUUUACCAAAUGGGCCAAAAAAAAAGGGAGAAACGCAAUAUUGUAGCUUACCAGCUACUUUUGGAGCCGGUCCUUGAGAUUCAUCUGUUUGGCAAGAAGAAAGGCAGGCAUGAAGUGUAAUAAGAAUUGCACAUCUUUUGCAAUCAUCUUAAAGUUGAGUAUGAUUAUUGGUUAUUUGGCUCUUUUUACAACAGGCACUUACGUACAUCCGGCUUUGACAUCCUGAUAAACCUGCCUGUCAGUGAGAACUUUUUUUGCCAUGGUUUCUAUUAUCUCUUCUUUAGUUUUGAUGGAUGUACGCAGUGGAAACGCAUCCUUUCAAUCCACACUCUAACAAAUUCGGAGAAACCAGGCAAUAGCAUUUUGCCUAUCAUCAGAAAAUGUCAUAAAUCGUAGAAAGAAAACAUGCAUUUCACAGUCUAACAUAAUGGCUUGCCUGUAGUUCGCUAGUGCCUUGGUAUGCAAUUUUAACCUUACAAAUGUAGUGCCCCAUUAUUAAUGGCUGUUCCCACCGCUGCUCACUGCUCGAAACUGCACUAGAGAUUCCCGGUGUUACCCCCCGAUUCUCAGAAAAUGAACUUUUGAUGUGGAAGGCCUGCUAGUAGUCCAGCCUUCACAUUCUGAACCUUUAGUUUGUUUUAUUUGUCAAGCUUAUGCUCUGCCCCCGAGAUGUUUCCGUUUUCAAAGCCAUUCGCUACGGAUUGAACUGUUGCGAGAACGUGGCAUAGGGCCUCAAUAAAAACGAGACUUGUGAAGGGGUACUUGCUGCUUUCGGGGCGGGUCAUUUGUUGCUUAACGUUCAUGUAGCUCUUCCGAACAUGCUACCAGUUGUGCAUAUAUGGGCCCCCGAAUGAUCAAUAGAACUUAGCUGCCCCUUCUUUGCACAUCCAAGCAUGCUUUGUUCUUGCUGGUUCGAAGAGCUGAACUUGGGAGUAGGGUCUUCCGAGCUUUUGCUUUUUCUUCACCGCUGCAUUUUUUUUUUUUGUCCGUCCGUGCUGUUGUGUCACGAGUGUGUGAGACUCCUCAUUCUGUCAAAUCGUCAGUGUAGAAGCCAACGUCUGGCUCCACACCUGUUGACAGUUUUGUCAUUUGCAGUGCCGUUAUUAUACACCUUUGCUAGGGUGGCCAGAGCUUUCCGUUUUUGAAUUGUCCUGAUUGAUCUAUAGUGGCCAUACCACAUUCAUUCGCAGCAUUAUGUAGUCAUGCUUUGCUAUCUAGCUUCGUUGAAGUGUUAUCUAUAUUAUCUUUAUAAUACAUGAACGCAUAACAAGGAAGCGCAACACAACAUUCCCGUGGCACAGGAAGGCAGCGUAGCUCUAAGGUUUGUCUUAACCGCUUUCUGCCAUGCCCUUCGUGUCUUAGACUACUUAGAAAGUAGAGCUGUGUGAAUACUGUGGUAAGUUUAAAUUGUGUGCAAGUGUAGUAGCAGAGAAAAACACAAGGUGUCAGUAAAAUCGCUGACCCACACUUUACAACCAACUAUAAUUUUUUUAAAUUACCCUUGAAGUUUAAAUCCAUUUACUGGUGGCUGCUGUGGCAUCUACACUGCUUCCUUCUUAAUAAGGCUCAUCAUUAUGAGUGUUUGUUAUCUGCAUUCAUAUUUUGCAUUAAAAAUGAAGUAAUAUUUGGUCUUCAUUUAACUUUUGUAAUGCUUGCGUUAUUCCGCUAUUCGUCGGAUGUCUCAUUAGUACACACUUUAAAUACGUGGAACUUUUGAUGUCCAUGUUAGAACCUGCGCCACCUAGAAUUGCUUGUAAAUUUUUCAUUUUUACUUAUUCGCACAGGCCUACUUGAAAGAGUAAAGCAAUUUAUGCUCUUAGCUGGUUUCAUCACAUAUAAGGGGCUUUCUUGCUGUCGCAAUGCACGCUCUGCCUUGUGUGGGGAAGAAGUGUGGAAUGCCCCAGUGAUUCUCCGAUAUGUCCACACGGGGCUUUCAGCUGUGUCGCAUAUUGUAUUUGCAUUUUGUCAUUCCCGUCAGCUAAGACACACUCCUUGCAUUUAAAUGCAUUCAAUGCAUCAAGAUACUGAGAAAACUUGGAGAAAGAGAGAAGUCUUGCAAUGAUUUGGCAGAUUGUCUUUUUUUCUAUGCCCACGAAGUUUGUGACACUGUGAAUCCAGUAUGUUGGUUCAGUCUGGCAUUUCUUUGCUUUGUGUCUUCAUUGCUAAUGAAUGUACUGCCUUUAACCCCUUCUGUGUUUCUAUUUUUGUCGAGAGUUGCAAGAAAUAUAUAUUAUUUUUCUGCUGUUGAAAUGUUGCAGCACUGAAAACACAUUAUAGCACCAGAAAUGCAAAUUACUUUAAAAUGUCGCUGCUAUUGCCUCUUGUGUUUGUUUAGUUUUGGCAUAUGUGUACGCUUUACCAAUCGGAGGAGUUCCACCAUGUUACUUGGUACAAUAUUGCUUCCAUUUUUCGCUCAUAAGAGCAGAAGUGCAAUUAAUCAUAAGUGGAAUUACAAUGAAAUGCAAUUGCAGCUAUCAUCUUAUGCAUGUUGGAUGCGUGCGCCGCAUGUAUUUGCACUGGCAGGCCUCGAUAUGAAGCAAAUGCAUGCUGCUGAAAUUUCCUUUUGGAAUACUGUACUGACACAGUAUCUUGUUGCCCUCUAUGUGGAACAUUUGAAAGAGAUAGGGUGAGCCCUCUGCUUUGUGAAACGCACUAGAAAGUGUGCACACUCAAGAUUUGCUCACCCUAAUUAGUUUUUAGUAAAAUUGCACAGACAUGAUCCGUUAGUCCAUAACACGGAGGGGGUUAAUGUGCAGAAGUUGAACUAAAGAAUUGGGGACAGUGAAGAUGCUGCUUAAGUAGAACUUGUAUGAAAUUUACAUUUGUAAAUUGUAGCUUUGGCUGCUGAGAUGCUCUCCAGACUGCCAAGGCAAGGCUUUUAAGAUUGCCGUUCUAGCUGGCUGAUUAAUCAUCUGAUGCUUUCAGUUGUUUGCAGCUGCACCUGUGCUGGUGUUUUAAUACAAAAUGCCACUUGAGGUCUUUGCAGACUGGAAUUCGUCGCGACAUAGUGUCACUUUUUUCGUGACUAGGACAGAAAAUUUGAGCUGCAAUACUAUAUUCAGUUAAUGGGAGCUCAGUACACAUCAGAAUGCUGUCUUUUGUAGUGAUAUUCAGAAAGGUCAGCCAUAUAACCCCUUAUCAUAUAGCAGGCUGUAACUCUGUGGAAAGUAGACGCAUACAGCCCCUGAGUUUCAUGUUUACACGAAGCUUUAUGCACACUGCUCUUUGCUUUUAUGUACUAUGAUUUGCAUUUGCUUUCUGCAAGGCUAGCUGCUUCAAUGCAUCCCAUUGUUUUGGUGUUGUCAGUGCCAUUGUCCACUGCUUUUCUUGCUAUUGAUUGGUGCAAGCAUUUUGGUGCAAGUGUUUGGGAGUGAUUCUGCCGGAGACGCCUUUUUUGCUACAGUUUGUGUUUACUUUACCCUACAUUUUGUGGGAAAUCUUUCACAGAGACAAUGAUGGCUGCAGAGACCGAAGGGCUUCUGCAGCUUGCGAAGAGCUGUUGCUCAGAAGUGCUAGGUUGGUGUCGUACGGAGACAACAUCUUGGGAAGCGUUGGGAGCUCUGCUGCGGCAAUUUGCUGAUAGAGAGAGACAUGGGAGAGGAUGGAAAGGAGACGCAGGAUUUGAAAACUUCACACAAACUCUGGUUUCCAUGCCUUUCAUUUGUUGCAAUUUUUGUUGUCUGGUUGCUCCGCUUACGCCUUUCUUUCUGUCUUCUGUAUGUUGUAACACUAUAUUGUUUUUUGAUAGUAAAAUAUUGUUUUUCAAUAUGA